GUUUAAAUAAAAUAAUUGUUUAAACAAUUAAAUAAAUAAACAAUUAUUAUUUAUUAACUUUAUCAUUUGUUAUGAAUAAUCAAUUAAACAAAUAUUAUUAUAACAAAAAUUAUUAAUACCAAAACAAAAAACAAAUGAUAUUAAACAUUUUUUUUCAAAUUUUUUUAAAGAUAAUUUUAGAAUACAUUUAAUUGUUUACACAAUUUUGUAUUUAUUAUAUAAUUAUUAAUGCAAAAGUACUUGAAUAUUAUUGUUUUAUCCAAUUUUACACAAUUUUAUUAAUUAAUUUAAUUAAUAAAAAAUAUUUGACAUAAGACAUUUCAAAUGUCAAUAGAUGCCACUAAAUGACACUUCCAUUUUCCAAGAAAAUAAUCAUAACAGUAAAUAGAUAAAAAAAAAAAAUAUACAUAAAACCGGCCACGUCAAAAUGAAUAUCGACAAAAUGAUUGACAUUGACUCAAUGGAGAGAUACAUAUCACCAAUAAAUCCAAGUGCAUUUCCAGUGUUGGCUGUUAUGCUACUUGGCAUUGGUGUUUUCUUCACAGCUUGGUUUUUCGUUUAUGAAGUUACAAGUACCAAAUUCACCAGAGAUUUAUUCAAAGAGCUAAUUGUUGCAUUUGUUGCUGCAAUAUUUUCUGGCUUUGGAAUAUUAUUUUUAAUGCUUUGGGUUGGAAUAUACGUAUAGCACUAGUCAAUCUAAAAUACCAUCAAAUUUUUUCUACAAUAUAAAAUUAAUGUGUUAUAAUAUUCCAUUGCAUUGUUGUAUAAAUCACAGUAAUUAUAAAAAUCAAUUUUAUAUAUUAAAAUAAAAUAAUGGCUCUUUAA